AUGUGUGUGUGGCCCCUUUAAGAAGUGGGUGAGUGAGCCACGUCCCCAGGCCGGUGCCAGGGAGUCGGGUAGGCUGAGAAAUGCCGUCUCCCUUCUUGCCGGCGCUCUGGGUUCUGCUGUUAAUGUGUGUACCCCACUCCCUGGGCUGGGACACGGCCGAGAUGGAGCUUUUCGACCUGGUGGAGGAAGUGCAGGAGAACUUUUACCGGUUCCUCGGCGUGGAGCAGGAUGCUUCAUCCGCAGACAUCAGGAAAGCCUAUCGGAAAAUGUCUUUGAUCUUGCACCCGGAUAAGAACAAAGAUGAAAAUGCAGAAAUUCAAUUUAGACAAUUGGUGGCUAUCUAUGAAGUUCUGAAAGAUGAAGAAAAAAGACAGAGAUAUGAUGAAGUUUUGGAAAAUGGCCUGCCGGAUUGGCGACAGCCUGUUUUCUACUACCGGAGAGUGAGAAAGAUGAGUAAUGUGGAACUUUCACUGCUGCUUUUCAUUAUCCUGACUGUGGGGCAUUAUGCUGUGGUUUGGUCAAUUUACUUUGAGAAACAACUGGAUGACCUCCUUAGCAGAAAGAAGAGAGAGAAAAAGAAAAAAACAAGUGGUAAGACUAUGGAUGAAGGAAAAGCUGGUGUUCCUGAGAAAAAUGAAAGAUCUGUUGUAAAACCUCACUGGCAGGACCUGUUGCCGUGCAAGAUAGGAAUCUGGUUUUAUUUCUUUCUGAAGUCAUUACCACAGUGCUAUCAGGAUGUUAUGGAUUUUUAUCUGGAAUGGAAAGAAAUGAAAGUGAAGGAAAAAGAAGAAGCAGAAACUCAGGCUCAGUUUGAAGCUGUGCAGAAAGAAAAAAGGCCCAAGGUAAAGAAACCAAAAUCUGAGUUUCCAGUGUACACGGCCCCUACCUCUGGAAGUAUCGCAUAUGUACCAUUACACGAAGAAGCUUCAACUAUUGAGGACAUUGAGGAGCAGGUGACUGACUGGCUGGAAGACAGGCCAAGAGGGUCAAGAAAGGCACCUGAGUGGGCAGAAGAGGACCUCCGCCAGCUGACAAGAAGUAUGGUUAAGUUCCCUGGGGGCACCCCAGGUCGAUGGGAAAAGAUUGCUCACGAAUUGGGUCGAUCAGUGGCAGAUGUUACAACAAAAGCUAAACAAGUCAAGGAUUUUGUUUCAAGCACACCAGGAACGGUAAAACUAUUGGAUCUGAAAUCAGUAACCCAGACUGUAAAGAGCGCUAAACGUGAAACAGUUCUUCCUGACCACAUAAUUACUAAAAGAGAUGAGGAGGUUGAAGGAGAACAUGAGUUUGAAAAUGGGGAUGAUCAAGAUAACUACACAGAGGCAUUGUCCACAGAAACCAGGCCACGGAAACGGAAAACUGCAAAAACAUCAGAGAGAACUCUUAUGAUUCAAGAAGAAAUUGAGCAGAAACAAAAAGGAAGACGCCAGAGGGACUUUGAUAACGCAGAACUGGAUGAUGAUAGUGAUGAAGAGAAGAAAAGGAAAGGGAAGGUUCGACCUUCAGAAGAAAUUGCUGAACUGUGGAACCAAAAUCAACAAAAAUUGCUUGAAUUAGCCUUACAACAGUAUCCAAAGGGGACUCCGGAACGCUGGGAAAAAAUAGCAAAAUGUGUACCAGGAAAAACAAAGGAAGAAUGCAUAAUCAGAUACAAACUAUUGGCUGAACUGGUUAUGAAGAGGAAACAAGCCAAAAGCUGACUGAAAAUGAUACCUGAAGGACUGGUCUCCCUCCAAAAGCAGUAAUGCGCCAUGGACAAAUAUAUUGUAUAAACUUGGAGCCUAGUUGCUUAUAACUUACCUCAGCUUUCUUUUUGCCAACGUCAUGUGCCUUAAUAAAAAAUAUCAAUGUGCCACCAUCUCUUCCAGAAUAAUCAGAUAAUUCAAUAUUAAAAUUCAAUUUGUUCAUUAAAUGCCUUGCACAUCUAGAUAGUUUUAAAUUUAUUUGUAAGAAGCUGAUAUUCUGUACCCCAGUUCCAUACUUGUCUCUGUAUUGGUUAUAAAUUUGUAUUCUUUUCCUUUGCAAAUUGUUGAUAGAGUUUGGAUUCUAGCAGUUUUAAUUGAAUAGUUAUUUAUAACAUACCAACACAGAACAGGAUGUUUUGAGACUAUGUAAAAUUCAAUUACAAAUUAAGAUCUUAAUUAAGGAGAUUAAUUUGAAUCAACUUUUUUUUGUUCUUGCUUCUUUUUCAUCCCCAUGUCUCCUGAACCAUGUUGUAUCAUCCUCUUCUGUUCCAAGGGUGAUAGCAGCUCUUCAGUACCUUGUCUAUACAACCAUUCUUCAUACAUAAACUUAACCUGAGGAUUAAUGUUAAUUGUAGCUGGGUCACACCCAGACCUGUCCUUGGUCAGAAUGCAUAUGUGUACUUCCAGCGUGAGCUUCUGCAUAGUGAGCAGGAUCGGAAUCCUGGCUGACUCCUGUCCCUAGCUCAAAGAUACUGAGACGUGGCUAGGAUCUGCUGAUACUAUGUAAAUGGGUAAUCUGACUAGGAACCUUCCCAUUUAGGAUGGCUCAGUACCACACCAUAUGUUGUUCCUAGCUACUAAACCUUUGCACAGUCCUCUGCAGAUUGAUUUCUUAAAGAAUGCUUAAAUCAAUCAGUUUUAAAUUUUGAGGUUGAAAUGUUGUGCCAAGGAGUUCUGUAAAGUGCACUGUCUUUGCUUAUUUUCUGCAAUCUGUCCAUUUAGUAAGUUAAUGUAUGGUAAAGUUAGCAUUUACUGUAAACAAAGUGAAGCUUUGUUUCUGCAAGUUACAUGUGUUGCUGGAACAUCACAGUGUAGAAACUUUCAUGGUAUUUUUCCUAAAGUCAAACAUUUGUCGAAUUGGCAAAUGUGAUGCAUCUAUGGUUAUAAUUAAGUAUGCUCAAAUUUUGGUUUAUGCAGAAGUCUUUUACUGAUAUUUAUAUUGAUUGAAAAAAAUCAUGGCUUCAUGUAGUCACACAUUUGUAUUGGGAAAUCUACAUGGAACAAGCUAAUCUCAAUUGAGUUAUGAUGAUUUAAGAUUCCAAAACAUUUACUUAUUCCAGCAUAAGACAGAAGUGUGCUUCAGCCAGUAGUUUCCCUUUUGAGUAACGGAUUUUUUUUCUACAUACUAUAAUGUACAGCGCAUCUAGUUCCCAGAGAAUUCAGUUUUAACAUUUCCAUCUGUUGUACACAGUGAAAACUGUUUUCAAAGCUGUUAAUGCUUAACAUGCUUUUAUCACCAGAUAUGUACUGGUACGAACCUGGUAUAAUUUUCAAGUGUCUGGUGUAAACCUCCUGGAUUAAAUAAUACUGGUACAAAACCUCA